UUGUUCGAUACGUCGACACUAGUAGAUGCUGCUGCUGAGGUCUCACACACAGAGAAACACACGCACACACAUACACUCAUACACACAUCUUCCUCACUUCAGAAAGAUCUAAUACAUCCCAGUGAGUGUGAAUUAGCCGCAUCUGUCCUGAACGAGUGAGAGCUCGGCGGUGCACAGAGCGGGUUUAUUCAUUUCUCGUUUUGUAUAAAUAAAUUAGAAAUAAGAGAGAGCGACAGGAGCAAGAUGGAGAGCUGCAGCUUCCAGAGCCAGCUGGUGUCCGUCAUGGAGAUCGUGGCCAAGGCUGCCCUGGCGGAGAUCAACAGACGGGUGGACGCCAGCUGCGCCGUCCUGCGGCUGGAGAUCAGCCAGAGCCGGAGGGACAUCGACUCCCUGCGGAGGAAGAGCGAGCUGCUGGAGGCCGAGCUGCGGAGGACGCGGCUCAGAGCCCGCAGGAGAGGUUUCUACCCCCCGGCCGCAGACAGAUGUUCACCUCUGGUCAGGAUCGUUUUGAACAAAGAGAGAGAGGCGGCGGCCUGGGACAGACAAGUGGACCAGCCCGGACAGUGUGAAGACGUGAGGCCUGCCGCUGAAAGCUGACCCCGGGCUGAUCAAAGAGGAGUCUGCAGCCGAGGGACGUGUGGAAGAACAACCCACAGGACAAACUGACCUCUGGUGUCGGGCAGCCGCCGUGUUUUGAAGACAGACCGCCUGCCCAGGCUGAGGGCUUUGUGGGACAUUAUCACUCAGCAGGGAACCCAGCCAGCCCUGCAGCUCUGCUUCCCUCAGCGGACACCUACAGCGCCUUCCAAGAGCAGCAGCAGCCGAACGGAAACCAAAACGAAGCCGCAGGGCUAUUAGUGAAACACGAGAAAGAGGAAGCGCCGGAUGAGAACGUGGCCCCGCUCGCUCCUGGCCACCGAUUCAUCAUGGAGGAGGCCGAUGCACAGCUGUGGUCGUCCAAUCCGAGCCGAGACGCCGGGGAUCCGGGUUUCUCGUACGCCACGCAGCAGUAUGAACAGAUUCCCUCCAUGUUCACAUCUCCAAGCGUGUUGCCUUUGAGUCACCCUAUACCUGAGGACGUGGCAGCGUCCAUUCACUCAGCGGGGAAGCCCCAGCCUGCUGUGGUGAGUGCAGCACGGGUGAAAAGGCGAGCCAAAGCAUUUGGCUGCAAGAAAGCACAGUCAGAAGAAGCACAUGACACUUUAUCUCAGAUUAACUCGAUCGCUCCGAGCAGCUUGAUCCCACAACCGACUCAUCAUCAGUUCAGGGACUCGGUGCCGCACACGAGGAAUGAAAACGAGGAUCUGAUGGCGCCAAACCCGGCAACUUCAUCCUAUAAUGGGUACAGCCGCGGCAGCUUUGGCCUCGUGAGGAGGAUGAGGACGCCCUGGAGGUCCGGCGUCGGGGAGAAGAGAUUCAGCUGCACGUACUGCGGCAAAAGCUUCAUGAGGUUCAGUCAGCUCAAGGAGCACCUGCGGAGCCACACGGGGGAGAAGCCGUUCAGCUGCCUCCAGUGCGGCCGGAGCUUCACCAAGCAGUGCAACCUCAUCCGGCAUGCCGUGGUCCACAGCGGGGAGAAGCCUUAUGAGUGUGCGCUGUGUGGGAAAUGCUUCACGCAGCGCUCCAGUCUCAAGUCCCAUCAGAAAACGGCGCACUGAGUUUACGCUCCGUUAUGAUUUCAUACACAUUCAUCCUGAUCUAAGACUGACAGGACCUGUAGAGAAGUCAUCCUAUACAAACCAAUGUUAAUAUGAUAAGGCGUUGUAUUGUGUUUUGGAUUCAUGGUAAUAGAUAUUAUCAUGUAUUGAUGAAAGAAUGGACCAAUAAACAUGGUACACCC